AUGAAGGAGAGGAAAAGAAAACGUAAACGAUACGAGUCGUCUGAAUCCUCGGACUUGUUGAACUCCUCUUCCUCCUCCUUCUCGUCGUCGUCGUCGUCGUCGUCGUCUUCUUCUCUGUCUUUUUCUUCUUCUUCUUCUUCUUCGUCAUCAUCGAAGAGACGGAAAAAGAGUAGCGACAAGAAAAGUCGACGUCGUAAAGAAAAGAGAAAGAGCAAAGAGAAGAAGAAGAAAGAGAAGAAAUGCGACGCGGAUUCAAAAAGACGACGACGAAAGCGACGAGAAGAAGAAGGAGCAGAAGUCGUCGAAUUAGAUUCGAAGAAGAAGAAGAGGAAAUGUGAAACUUUGGACAAAAAAGAAAUAACAGAAAUAACGACAGGCGCACCACCGUCGGCACCGAGAGAUGAAGAUAUAAGCGACAAAAACAAUCCCCAGCACGAGGGCAAAGACGAGGUGAAGAGAAGCGAUGCUCCUGCUCCGGUAGAUGCGACUCCACCGGUCCCUGGAUUUGGAGCCGCGAUGACGCUCGAACAAUAUCGCGAGCUCGCGAAACAAAAGACGUAUUUACAAGGCACGGUACACGCGAAAGACAAAGCAGAAGCGGACGCAGAAAAUAAAGAUAAACAAGAGAAAUUAUCCCGAGGAUGGUGGCCGUGCCAGAGCUACAAGUGCGACGGUCACAUGAAUCCAAAAAUGAUGGAUAAAUGCAAUCAAUGCGGCGCCAUGCGAACUCUUUCAAAAUCAGGAGGUACUUUCAAACAUCGAGCGUCGGACGCGCAAAUAGCCUUCAACGCGAAUAGAAGAUAG